AGGUACCAUCAAAGGUGGCUUACCAAUAAUAAAGAUAGAAAAGAUGAUUUUCAAGAAGAAGUAAUGAGUUUCCAUCCGAUCUUGAGGUUUACAAGGUGUUGCGUCGUUAUUUACAGGCAGGUGUAUGGGAAUCGUGAGCCGACAAAACCCAUUAUUGCCAUUAGCAGGCACCAUUUCAAGUCAAAGCUCCCAUUACAUAACGUGUGGCGAUUCAGCCACAGUCGCAGAUGACUCAAGAGUAAUUCACAUAACACGCAAGCAUUGAUAAAUGAAAUGGAAAACUUCACUAAGGAAGAAUAUGGAUCCAUUCAAAAUCUGUAUUGCACUGACCAAUCAUUGGGGAACCACCCGCUUCUUCUCUCGAUUAUCCACUAUUUCCUCUCGGUAACCGCUUUCCUAGGGAAUACACUUAUACUGGUUGCUUCGCGAAAGGAGUCUUCUCUUCAUCCUCCAUCAAAACUACUGUAUUGCACACUCGCUACAACUGACCUCCUCGUUGGGCUGAUAUCGGAACCAAGCGCUGCUGUCUACUCGAUGACGCUCCAAAAAGAAAGAGAUCGCAAGCAUUGGCUGGGAGUUUGUUUCUACUCUGCUGCUGUUUCCACGGUGUCUUUUACAAUCCUUUGCACGGUGUCUCUCUUGACGUUGGCUGCUAUCAGCGUCGACAGACUUCUUGCUCUUUUAUCAGGAGUAAGAUACAGACACAUUGUAACUGUGGAGCGAACACGAGCCGUUGUGAUUUCGUUUUGGAUCUCCAGCAUCGUGUUUGCCUCAUUUUCCGUUUGGAAGUAUAAAAUCCCGUUCAGCUUUCGCCACGGAAUAAUUUUAGUGUGUCUCUUGAUUUCAGCAGCUUGCUACUCAAAAAUAUACCUCGUGCUGCGCCAAAGACUGCAUGUAAAUCACGAGGAAAAAGCCAACGCAGGGGAAAUUCUAGCGAACAUUGCACGGUAUAGAAAAACAGUAUUUACCGCACUGUGGGUUCAGCUGACGCUAGUCAUUUGUUAUUUGCCGUAUAGCAUAGUUAUAGUUAUAGUUACAGUAAAUGGAUCAUCUACAUUUCUUCAUGCUCUUUGGGGAUUUUCAGCGGCUCUUGUGUACCUAAACUCGACCUUGAAUCCGGUUCUUUAUUGUUGGAAGAUCAGAAGUUUCAGAAAAGCAGUGAAAGAUACGGUCAAACAGCUUUGGCCCUAAAGGGAAAUAAAUGGAAGAAAAAGCGAAAGAAAGAACCACAAGGACUUUGCGGUUUUUAGAAAUUAAAUAAUUUAAAUAGGAAGACUAAACAAAGCAAUCAGUGAAGUCGAUAAGAAGAUGUAAACACUUAGGCAUCAGCUUUUGUUUUCUGCUUUUAUUUCAUUCACUCUUUUUUUCCUUGUAGUACUAAAUAUCCUGGGACCUUACACAUGCAUGGUCAUUCUCAUUUUGAUCCGCUUUGUUAUUUAACAAUAAGUAUAACUAUAAAUUAUCCAAGCUGCCUGUGCAAUGACAAAAUGAUUGAUCUUAUCUUCCAUUUUAAUUACUGCUUCAUUUCAUGAGAUGUUUAUCGCACUUGUUAAUAACAAUCAGUUCUAGUAUCUACUCCUUAUUUGAACGCAAUCUCUGUUUGACAGAUAAGUAACAAAAAUUGACGAAAACAGUAAAAUCCUGCAACCAAAUAUAAUUCUUGAUUAGUUUUUUUUAAUUCUACUGUAUAAGUAAUGCUGAUGA